AUGGGUAUGAAGGAAAUUAUUGUAAUUCUUUGUCUUAUGCUCCUCUCCCUCUCAAUGGAGGCGAUACAACCCGGGGAGGCUGACGAAGGUAAACAUAAUUACAUUCUAAAACCAAACUCGCAUGGUAGGCGCUUUUCAAGCCUCAAUCACCUCAAAAAUUUGUAUUUUACAUUUCGUUUUACAAACAAAUAAGUCAUCGACAAAAAAAUGAGACUUGAAGUUAUUGUCCGCAUUAAAAUAAGAGGCCUUAUGGGAUAAAGUAAUUUGUUAGAAGGACUUGAAAGAGAAUGGUCUAGAGAUGAAGUGGACUGAACUUGACAAUUAUCACUUUCCGCUUCUGCGGCUUUUAAUUUGUUAAUUAAGAAAGAAAACACGGCUCAAGCACGGGCUUAAGGAACAUUUACGUCCAUGCUCCCUCGAGACUGUAUAUGUUUUAGGAUACAAGGGUCCGCAACCAUAUAACUGAAAUAUUUUGUAAUCGGCUCCAAUUUACUAUAACUCAGUUGUAUUUGACCUUUUUUUUACCUCGUUUUUCUUUCUGCUCAUAAAGGAAAAAAAUUAGACUUUCAAUAUUUGCCAUCGAGAAAAGGCUGCUAAGAAAACAUCUUCCUUCCUAAUUCAUUCAAACGCAUAUUUUACCUUUAGUGAUAUGUGGACGUAGCACCAUAAGCUCGUUAAUACUCUUUUUCUUGAAACCACAGUUUAUUUCUUCAACAUUGCGAAGCCAGGGCUUUUGGCAAAAUUGUUUUGAAGAGUGUUACAUACACAAAUUAAACACUGAAUUUAUGAUCACCUCUGUGACAUAGAAAGUAACCAUAACAACAAUUUUACAAAAUAUAUUCUUAAUUUUUUUUUUUGCAAAAAUAUUCUUUAUACGUUAUUCUAUAUAUUUCAUUGCUGAAUGUUAUCCUAAGUUUAUAGAAAUACCUUUCUGUCUCUGAAAAAAUGACAAUAACAAUAAUUAAUAAUAAUAUUCUUUAUUUCUCUAUACAUUAUUCCGUAUAUUUCAUUCCUGAAUGUUACCUUGAGUCUAUAGAGAGAGCCCUUUAUUAUCGUAUGACCAUUAGCCUUAACAAAAUAUUAUUUUAAAAUUAUUCUAUGAGUGUUUUUUGUGUGUGAGUUGGCUGUAACCAGUCUCGUAUCCAAUAAGCACGAAUGGAAUAAUUGCUUUAUUGACUAUAACAGUUUUUUGUAAUGUUGUGGGAGCUUACUAAAUUUUUUUAACUCUCUUUUUUUUGAAAAAAAGAAAUUAAUUCAGAAUAACUUGAGUCACAUGACAUUCGCAACGGUCUACGACCGAAGCUGAAUGAAAACUUAACGUUUAACAAUUUUCACAAUACUUACGAGACAAGCUUUCGAGUGUGAAUUGUGCAAUUUAUUUAAGUAUUUGUUUAACUGAAACGGAUAAAAAGAGGGAACGAAGACAGCUUUCGUUUUAAUUUUAACGCAAAAUUUGUGAGUUGCCUUAAAAAUUCUGAAGGCACCUGGGUUUUUUAACUAUUGUGGCAAUGUUAUACUUUUUCUGGACCAUAACAUGCCAAUGUCAAGUGCAGAUUCAAUAGUGCUAUAUCGUACUUUGUGGCUUUUUCCUUUGUCAUCGAGGUGAAAAUUGACUAGGAUUUGUUUUACUUUCUUUUCAAUGCACGGGAGAAAUUUUUACUUACAUUCAAAAAUAAGUUCAGCUUAACAACACUUGGCUGAGUCAUUUGGUGUACGAGCUGAUAACCGGAGUUGAGCAUACCCAAUCAGAACACACUUUAAUAGCAAAUGAUAUUCAUAACAUUCCAUCUAAUUCAAAACCAAGCUUCGUUAUUUUUGUGAACAACUUUCCUAAUUUAGUCCUCCCUUAUUCUUGGCAUGAAGCAAUACACGCAAUUAAAACUUCUCAUGAAAGUUACUUUGCUAUUCACGGUCAAACAGGCCUCUACUUUUAAAGUUUCAAUACCAACAGUCGCAUGAUUUUUUUGCUCACUUCUUUUUAAUCCAAGCAAUGGUAGCGACCAAAUUUGUUUGGUCAUGUCAUCAGAGAACAUCACAACCUUAAAUAGCUCGGCUAUUCCUUUUCUUUGCAGAGGAACUGCAAACAAUGUUAACAACUACCAGCGUAAACGAUUCAGACGAUGAAAACAAUGUGGAGGAAGAGAUGGAGACAAUCUUGGGUCAAAUCCAAACCCAGAUUGAGAAGAAAAAGUUUGGAAAGAAGCAAAAAAAGAAGGUUUUAAAACUUCUCGAUAAAUUGUCGGCCAUCGCUGACAAUUGCGGGGGUAAGUAAUUGCCAGAUAUUAUGAUAUCUUGUAAAUGCCACACUGACCACAAAAAAUGGAACUUAAAAUGACGAUAAACCCUCGGAACGAAAAUAAGAACGAAAAGAACACUACUGUAGCAAAGUGAGCCUCCUUAUGAGUUAUUUUACGGCGAUGAGUCAGAAGCCAUUUGUCUCUUCUUGCGGGAGCACUCUGUUGAUUGAUAAUUUGAAUAAGCAAUAACGUUUUCUAAAGCAUUUGCGCAAGCUAUGAAAACCAUAUGCUACUGAUAAAGUAGACAUUUUUAGGCGUGAAGGAUCCCAGUUUUGCCUCUUUUCUUUAUUUGCAGAUGUCCAGUCCGAAGUGAAAGAAGAUAUCAAACGUAUCCAAGAGUUGCUUCAGUUAAAGAAGUUCGGAAAAAACAAAGAAGCCAGGGCAGAGGUUUUGGAGACGCUUAAGAAUUUAUACACAAAAGCUGGCAUGUGCGUGGUAGGUCGAUCAGUUUAAUUUUCCAUGCCUUACUAAAUCAGCAGAAGUGCUAGGUCUACGGAUUAUUCCAUGAAAAAGCUGUAUCUUAACAAACAAAUUACUUGACAUUUUUCAGUCGUGCAAGGCGGUUACAGCACUUGGUCUAGCUGGGGAGGAUGCAGUGCUACAUGCGGUGGAGGAACCCAGAAGCGCACAAGAACCUGCACAAACCCACCACCAUCGAACGGUGGAAAGACAUGCCUGGAGCAAGGCCUGGGGCCGUCAGAAGAAGAACAGGAAUGCAACACGUAGAACUGUCGUAAGGAGUGUUAUAAUAAGAUGAAGCCCAGUCUUAAAGACGAGCUUUACAUUACCUUUUUUGUAGGAAGUCAUCAUUCAAUCCUAAUUUAAUCUAGAAUUAGGACUUAUAGACGUGAAUGCAGCCUCUUCAUAAGAGCCUGGUAAACGGCUGAUAAGAAAUUUCAGCUUAAUUAGGGAGCGAGGAUUCCAUUUCCUUAUGUUGUAAGUGAAAAGAAAUACAGGCUACUUCAACGUUAGCGAGCGCAACGAGUAAAUAAAAAUCGUGCAAGCGAACUAACCAAGAAGUGAUUUGCUUAUUUUAUACCUGUUGAGGUUUAGAACAAAAUAUGAUUAUGUGAUUAUGAAUCAGGUCUAGCGAAUCCAACUCACCACACCAACAUGCAAAAUGGCCACCUCGAUAAAUAAUUUUUCAAAUGAUACGAAAAUAGCACGAAAUGGAAAAUCAAUUUGGAAGCUGUAUUAAGUUCAGAUAAUGAUUAGUUUAAUUUUGCAAUGCCUGUUUUCUGAACUCGAAUCGCCCAUUGAAAUACGAAUCGAAAUGCUUUUUAAUCAGAGUCAGAAUUUAGAGAUUUAGGUUUUUUUUAACAGUUGCUCUUCGGAUACUACGAAAUAAUUGGCUAUGUGAUGAAAAUUUUUAUGACCAGACAAUUGUUUGAUAUCUGUUGCUGGGAUGUUGUUGUAUGUCAAAGUUUGAAUCAUAGUUUUACGACAAAACAUUUUCUCAGUAAAGCGACGUUCUAUUCAGUUCUCUUUCUGGUAUUUUCAUUUCCUUGCUUUUGUAUCAAGUCCUCUACCGAAGUUAUCAAUGUAAACCUUGAAUUUUCCAGAGAAGAAGCAAAAGAGCAAGCCAUAGCUCAUCUUUUGAUGUAUGAGCCGUCAGUGAAGGUGCUAAAAGUCAAAUGACUAGCGAAAAAUUUCGUCCGCGGCCUGCGAUUGGUCAAAAUAUUUAUUUUUCACUCGAAAGAAAUACCUUCCAAAUAGUUAGAUAUCGCGCAGUUUAUUACAAAUGACUUUUAUUCGAAAAAUUUCCUCGGGGCAAAUCUCUGUAUGUAUAUGUAAUAAUGUGCAAUCCUUUACAUUUCAUCCGAUAACAAAAAUAUUGCAAUCAUAUGGGAAUAUUUAUGCUCAGUCGGAUGUCAGAACUGUCUCGGAAGUCUCGGAGGCGAAAACCGAGAACCCCGCAAUGAGUUCUGGCCCGUUAUCUCAUAUGAACAUAUCGAAACUUUUUAAAAAGAAAGGAAUGAUCAGAGGAGUCUCAAAAAUUAUUUCUACUUGUUUUUAGCCGUAAAUGGUGGAUAUAGCACUUGGUCCAACUGGGGACAGUGCACUGCCACCUGCGGCGGAGGAACUCAGAAGCGGACAAGAACCUGCACAAACCCACCACCAUCCAACGGUGGAAAGACUUGCCUGGAGCUAAACCUAGGACCAACAGAAGAGGAGCAGGAAUGCAACACUCAGAACUGCGGUAAGGAGUGUUCGUAUAAAUAUGGGGUACUUUAUGUAUAAUAAUAUAAGUAUGUGGUUCAAUGUAAAUGUAAAAAUUAGUUCCAAGAUGAACUCAAUUUUGUUUUUCACCUCCCAUGAAACUCUGAAUUUAGCCAAGAUGAAUCAGAGGACUACUUUUGCUAUGAGGGGCUAAUUGUAUUCCUUAUACGAGUUUCUUAACAUGAGUUAAUCCAUAAAGUACAGCGUUAAGCCGUGUAAGACUUCAUCAUUAUAGACCUUAUCAGUAAGAAGCCUGGAAAAAGAGUAUAUCUGAGCUGACUUAUUUGCAUAAGGACAGUUAGUAUUUUUACUAACUUUUUUUUUUUUAAACCCAUUAUAUUUGCAAGAUUAGCCGACUUGGGUAGUGAUCAUUUUAAUUAGCCUUGUAUUUCAUAUCAUUUCACCUUAAUCAAUCUUACAUAAAUAUAUAUAUUCUAUUUUCUUAGAUAUCUCCCAUACGGGCCUUAUUUUUGCGAAGGAAAAAGAAUUUUGAUUCAUUCGAAAGAAAUAUAUCAAUAUACCUGAUAUUUGUAAAACAUUUUAAACGCUCAAGCAACAUUUCACCUUACUCAAAGUCAAUUACGAAUCUGAGGGAUGGGUCAAACUAAAUAGAAAUGGUAACAGGUUUUAUGACACUUUGGCCUCAAUAGGAGAAAUUUAGAGGCUAUUUUCUCUUCAGAAAACAUCUUUUUUUUGCUGCUGCUGUUUGACUUUUCUUAGAAUAGUCAUUUCUGCAGGAUCAAAUGACUCUCCAGACUUAAUUUCCGUUCAUGUAUUUUUAAUUGCGCUGUUUUAUUGCAGCCUGUCCUUCCGGUUGGCCUACAAAUGGAGUAUCAUGUUUUUACAUCGACCCAAGCCGAACCCCAGACAGGUCCACUGCUCAGCAGAAAUGCCUUGGCAUGGGAGCAAACUUACCCACCAUUAAAUCCGCUGGGGAGAGAGACUUCAUUUUCAACCUGUUAAAAAACAACCCAGGGAUAUCUAACGAGGGAGUGUGGCUGGGGCUUAAUCGAAGAGGCUCUAGCUUUUACUGGAUUGAUAAUAGCUAUGCUGGUUAUCAGGUGUGGGGUCACGGAGAGCCAAACAACUUUGGAGGGCACGAAAAUUGUGCCCAAAUGUAUAAAGGCGGGGGGAAUGCAGGAAAGUGGAAUGAUAAUCCAUGCAGCGGCUAUGGAGCAGCUCCCUCUAUUCUUUGUCAAAAACCCGUGGCACACUGA